CCAAGGGAGACGACACAGCUCGACAGACUGUAUCUCCCUCUGCCACGGGCCCCGGGGCGCUGCGAUUUCACACUCGGCAGCCCCUUUGCUGCUGCGCCAUGCGGGAGCUGGGCUCUCACUCCCACUCCGCCAUGUCCUCAUCAGGAAAAGGUGCCUCUUCCUCCUCCUGCCUCUCCUCGCAGUGCUUCGACCUCCUGACCAGGUCCUGUGUCAAGUGCUCCGACUUGUUUAAGGACAACACAACAGAGCCCAGCCACACAGCGCCCACCUCCGCCCUGGCACCCACCCUCCCCUCGGUGGACCUGCCCCGCACCCUCCUGAUCUUCGGGGUCCCAGCAGUGGUGGGGUUCAUCCUGACUCUGGCUGCCCUCUGGGGCUUCCUGGCCUGCAAGGUGGGGAAAUGGAGGAGGAAGAGGAAGGCAGUGGACAAGGAGGCCGAAGAAAACAUGGACAUCACCAGCCCCCUGCCCAGCCUGGGCUGCCAGGACCCUGUCGUGCUGGAGGGAGAUGCCACCCUGACCCCAGUCCCAUGCCCACAUCUCAAUGGAGGUCUGAAGAUGCCAGGGCCACCUGGUAAAGCUGGGGCAAAGCGGAGGCCGUGUUGCCGGGGUGAUGCCGACGGUGACAUCGUCCUGCUUUCCACUGUGUACACCCAGCACGAUGAGCGCAACCAUGGCUUCCCACUGCCUGCCACUGAGCUGGGGUCCACAGCCCUGGUCACCACCAAAACCACCCAGAACUGUGCUGGAGAGGAGAGAGCCUGAGGGUGGGGGGAGCCGGGCUGGAGGACUCCGGCUGCUCCCUGCAGACACCCAGAGCUUGACCCCCAGGCAGGCGAAGCCUUGCACAGAUGUGAGCUGUCUGAGGACCGGGUUUUGCCUCGAGCAAGAUCAGCCUUCUGAGAGGACUGCCCUUUUCCACUUUCCUGUUUGUGCCAAGUCCCAAGUUACCUCUGUAAGCACUGGAAGAAGCCAAAGCGGAUCACAGUGAGUUAUGCCGAACUGCUGACAGCUGCCAUGGCCGUACUGUUGGGAGGAGGCAGAGGAGAUGCGGACAGUGAGGACGGACCAUGUCGGGGGCUGCUGUGCCAUUUGCAAGGCUGCCAUUGUGCCAGGAUGGGUCUUCUGCUGGAUGGGUGAUUGCUGGGAACAUGUGGCUGAAAUAGUAGAGAGAGAGGAAAGGAAGAUGGAGAGGGAAGCAGGGAGUUACAUUAGGACCAAAUCCUACACCGCUGCCAUUAGCUUGAUUUUUGCUACUGACCUCAAUAAAAGGAGGCUUGGGGCCAUACGGAGCAAGGCCCAUCCAGCAUCUGCUCCAUUCACAGUAUUGCCCCACUUGCCCCCCCUCUCCCACCAUAAUGUCCAGGUCUCUCCUCCCUCUGUGUGCUCUCAUACAGUGGCAGGCAUCCACCAGCAGUGCUCAUGGGGAUCCCCUCUGCAGCUGGGUACCCCCGGGGUGAGAAACAAGCUCCCAAGGAGGGAGCAAGGGAGGGAACAGGGGAAAAAGAUCUGUCUUUUGCUCUGAGCUACGAUCACUGAAGUCAGGGAGGACCAGAGGCAGGCAAUAGAAACUGCUGCUCUAGAGGAGCUCCAAGAGCUUGUCAUUACCGCCCCAGACAACUGUCACUUCAGCUCACUGUGGCUGCAGAAAUACUAUGUGUCACUUGGGAUGGAUGUUUCCUCACCAGGCAAAACCAGGAAUGAUACAAGCAUAGGCAGGAUGACUUAAUUUAUGUGAGAGUCUUCAAGGCUUUGCCUGUGUACCAGAGCUGGCUGGCAUUGCUGGUCCAAGGCAUAUUUCUGUAAUGGUCUUGUUCACUGGCCCACAAGUGGCUUUACUGAGUGGGAAGGGCUCUACUUCGGAAAUGAACUCAUUAGUGUAGGAUUGCUGUUCCCAAGUAAUUACAGCAGCUGAUCCCCCUAGCUGAACAGAGCCAGGCCAAUGGAUUGAGUGAGAAACCCUGGUGGCCCUGGAGCGGGUGGUUAGGCAAUUAGAAGUGCGUUGGGGGAAGGUAUUUGCAUGAAGCGCCAUGUCAGCAGCAGCCCAGGUCUGGUUUUCCUUCGGUGAGGCGGCUUCCUCGCCUGAGAGGCUUUGGGGACUGAGCAGAGGUGGCCAAGCAGGGUGUGGGAGCACUGCUGCCAAGUGCCAAUGGGCCACCCAGGGCCACAGCUCACGGUAGGGUCACCUGGUGGCACUUUGCAGAGGGGAUGUCCCCCUGAUGGUGACCCCCUACACAAGCCUGAACUCUCUUUUGGGGCUGCAGGACGAGGCACUACUAUUGAAGGGUGACUCUUCCUCUUCUCCCCUGCCUGUAGCACUGGAGCCAGAUUCAUGACAUCCAUCCCAUAAGGACGACCACAGGCACUGUCACAGGUGCCAAGGCCCAUAUUCCUCAUCACAACUCCUUUCCCAGGCCUAAGCAGGCUGGCAGAGGUGAGCCUUCAUCCGGCUGAGGAUGUCCCAGGAUGGGGUGGGUCCCUGUCUCAGCCUUGGAUGGUGGAGGGGUUGGUCCAUGUGCCCAGUGACUGUCUCCUGGGGUUCCAGGCAUGUGUCAUUCACUAGCAGGGGCUGUGAAGGCUCCAGUGCUGAGCUGCCAGUUAUCCACAGCAGCCAUGCUGGCCAUCGCAGGAGGAGUAUCCCUGCAGCACGAAUCAGGCAUCUCCUCAUCCCCAUGCUCACCCAGCCCUGUGAAGUGACUUCGAGCAAUCUUUGUGCAUCCAGACUGGGGAAAUGAGCUAAAGCCAGGCCAAGAGACGUUUUGGCACUGGAAGGACUGCUCAUGGGACGCAGAGCAACCUCCUUCAUGAGAGACAAGGAUGAGAGGGAAAUGGAGCAGGAUUGUCAGGGGCAUCUCCUGCUUCCCGCCUGGUGACUGCUGCAGCUCAGCUCUGUGGAUGCGCUGCCCACCCCAGCUGGUGUGGCAAUUUGUAAAAGAAACUCCCAUACAAAUCCUGAUGAAAAAGCUCCUCCUGCUGCCCAGGUAAGGGCUUCUGCUCUCAUUUCUGCUAGAGCUUCAGCCAGGUGUCUCCUCUAUGGGUUGCUGCCAGCAUCUGCAGUUUGCAGAAGAGGCAUUUCCAUCCACAUUGGAUUCCUCAGCCAGCAAGUGCCCCUCGGAUCUCUUCUCUGUUAUAUGGCACGUGGGGUGUCUUCCCUGCAUCCUGCCUGCCCAGCUGCUAGCCAUGGUGGGGCAGUGCUCCCCUCCUGCCCAGCCUGCCUGCCUGGACCUGGGAGAUUUGCAACCCCUGCUGUAUCUGCUUCUCCAUCCUUAUGUACAGGACAGAGGGCUGUCUGUUUUGUCUGCAUGGAGAGCAGAAGGGACAGAGGUGAAAAAUAUGGUUGUAAAAAUUAAAGAAUAAAGUGAAUCCAUUGCCAA